AUGUAGCUACAGUGGUGGGUUAUCUGGUUGUCAGCCGGCCAUUCCUUGACCUGACUAAUCCUCGUCACAUGAAAAGCACACACAGUGAGAUGCUUGAGGAUUAUUACAAGAGUGGGAGGAUGUUGGUGAGGAUGGCCGAAGCUAUUGGCCGAAUUGUCCUGGCUGGGAGAGAGAUGACCAGACUAGCUGGCUUCACGUCCAGAAUCACAGAGCUCAUGCGAGUCCUUGAUGACCUCAAUAAAGGCCGAUACGAAAGAACUAUGGUGUCGGAUCAGAAUAACUCAAAAGAUGAAAAAACUCAGACAUACAAAGCAGGAUCUGGAAAAAUAGUAAACCAGGACCACCUUAUCAAGUUUGAUAAAGUUCCACUUGUCACCCCCAAUGGAGACGUGCUCAUCAAGGAACUCACUUUUGAGGUAAAGGGAGGAAUGAAUGUAUUGGUGUGUGGUCCAAAUGGUUGUGGUAAAAGUUCCCUGUUCCGAGUUCUGGGCGAG